AUGUCUCACACGCUUGAGCAGUUCAUCAGGUUCAUGACUGAUUCAGUCGGGCUCGAGCGGACCUUCCGACUCUUCCAAGCCAUCACCCAGAUUCUCUCCUCCUUCGCCCUCCCCUUCGAGGUACUGAUCUAUCUGUUGAGCUUCACAACGCAAGGACCACCCUCGCUAGCGGCAACCCACACCAUCCUACUCGCCCUGCGCCAACGUCUAGCCCUAGCCCGCAGAUUCUUCCGCCUCUUCCGCUGCCUAGAGUCCUUUCACGCAGCCCACAAGCUCUACGUCAGCCUAUCGCCACCACCGCCGCCGGGCACCAAGGCAGUACCACCUCAGCCGCGAUGGGUGCAGACCGAGGCCUGGCUCGACGUCUUCGGGCGCACUUUUAAUGCCAUGUACCUGCUGCUAGAAGCGUCAACAAUGAUCGAGGCCCUGGGCGUUGAGGGUUUCGCCGUGUGGACGCCGGAGUGGCACCGCUACCUCACCAUCGAGGCCCAGCGCUUCUGGCUGUUCGCCCUCGUGUGCGGCGUGUUCUCGGGCCUCUUGAAGAUGCUGAAGGUGCUGGCGUACACGCCUGUGCCGCCCACCGGGCAGGGCUAUUCUAGCGACAAGCAGCAGGAAGCCACUGGUACUACGGGCACCGCGACCGCAACCGAGAAGCCGGUGUUCAAGGAUGACGACGGGAAUGAGAAUGAGAGGUGGGAGCUAAGGAGGGAACAGGAGCGUCUGCGCGGUAUCGUCAGGGACCGGAAGCAAGGACGCGUCGCGUGGAGGCGGGAGAUCCGGUCGAAGAUCCGCGGGCUUGGGCUUGGCGUUGUGGCGAAUGCUCUGGAUAUCACCUUGCCGGGCAGUGUGGUCGGUUGGGUCAAGGCGGACGCCGGCACGGUGGGCUUGGCUAUGUUCGUUACGACCAUAUUGACUGGUAAGGAGGUUUGGGACAGAUGUGGCCGGGAGGUUGCUGGUGGUAAAUAA